AUGCUGGCGGGCUCUCCUGGCCCGAGGCGUCGGCGCUGGCGCUGCUGGCCCUGCUCUGCUGGUCACCCUGUGCCGCACCUGUGGGCGCUGCGCUGGAGCCUCAGCCGGGACCGGGCCAGCGCCUGCCCUGCCAAGGGCUCCAUGGGGCCGUUUUUUGGGGAGACUCUGCACUGGCUGCUCCAGGGCUCCCGCUUCCAUAGCUCACGGCGGGAGAGAUACGGAAACGUCUUCAAGACCCACCUCCUGGGCCGGCCGGUGGUGCGGGUGACAGGCGCUGAGAACAUCCGCAAGAUCCUUCUGGGCGAGCACACGCUGGUCAGCACGCAGUGGCCCCAGAGCACCCAUAUCAUCCUGGGCUCCCACACCCUGCUCAGCUCCACCGGUGACCUGCACCGCCAACGCCGCAAGAUCCUGGCCAGAGUCUUCAGCCGUGCUGCCCUGGAGAGCUACCUUCCACGGAUCCAGAAGGUUGUGAGCUGGGAGCUGCGGGGCUGGUGCAUGGAGCCGGGCUCCAUCGCAGUUUAUUCCUCCGCUAAAACCUUAACUUUCCGCAUUGCAGCUCGGAUUCUGCUGGGGCUCCGCCUGGAGGAAAAGCAGUUCAAGGAUCUGGCCAAAACUUUUGAACAGCUGGUGGAGAACCUCUUCUCCCUGCCCCUCAACAUACCCUUCAGUGGGUUGCGCAAGGGAAUAAAAGCACGGGACAUGCUACAUGAGUUUAUGGAGAAGGCUAUACAGGAAAAACUGCAGAGAAACAACCCAGAAGAUCACAGUGAUGCUCUGGAUUUCAUAAUGAACAGUGCCAAGGAGCACGGCAAGGAAUUCACCAUGCAGGAGCUAAAGGAGUCAGCAAUUGAGCUCAUAUUUGCUGCUUUUUUCACCACGGCUAGUGCCAGCACUUCUCUGAUCCUCCUGCUACUGAAGCACCCCUCAGUGAUUGAAAAAAUAAGGCAGGAGCUGAUGUCCCAUGAACUGUAUCAGCAGUGUGAAUGCCACCCUGCAGGACCCUGCCCGGACACCCUGACUAUGCAGAGCAGGGACAGAGAGAAACCACGUUUCCCCUCCACGGCCAAAGAUGUUCAGAAGGAUCAGAGCCAGCCCCCGGCCUCAGUGGAGGAAGGUUCCCUCCAGCCCGGUACCCUGCUGGAGCCCACCGUCCCCCGGAGCAACUUCUGCCCUGGCUCCCAGCUCCAGGCACCAUCAGGGCAGAGCUGUCACUGCUCCUCGGACAUCAGCCUGGAGAAGCUGAGCCGCCUGCGCUACCUGGACUGUGUGAUUAAGGAGGUGCUGCGGGUGCUGCCCCCAGUCUCCGGAGGCUACAGGACGGCACUGCAGACUUUUGAGCUCGAUGGCUACCAGAUCCCCAAAGGCUGGAGUGUCAUGUACAGCAUCCGUGACACACAUGAGACAGCUGCUGUCUACCAGAGCCCCCCCAGCAGCUUCGACCCAGACCGCUUUGGUGCCACCCGGAUGGAGGCUGCAGGCCGGUUCCACUACAUCCCCUUCGGUGGUGGGGCACGGAGCUGCAUCGGGAAGGAGCUGGCACAGGCCAUCCUCAAGCUGCUGGCCAUUGAGCUGGUCAGCACAGCCCGCUGGGAGCUGGCCACCCCUGGCUACCCCGCCAUGCAGACCGUGCCCAUCGUGCACCCCGUUGAUGAUGGGCUGCAGCUCUACUUCCACCCCUUGUAGCCUGGCCAUGGCUGUGGGGCCUGAGCUAGGGGUACGCUGCUCCCCUCAGCCCUGGAGCUGAUGCCCCUCCACAGCUACUGGGGCAGGUCUCCACUGCCUCAGGCUGGGUAUGGCACUGGAUCACUGCAGAGCAAAACCUAAAGGUCUGUUUUUCCCCUCCUAGUGUACAGGCUGGUAGGGAGAGUCCUGCAGAGUCACACUCCUGAGCGCUAGGGUGAACCUCAGCCACAGCCUGGGGGCAAAACCCACCGAAGUUGCUGGCAGGGAGCAUAUGUCAUGGGGCCUCAGCCAGCCCCCACUCCAUAAAGGUCUCCAGCUACCAGGGAUGUGGAGCAAAACUCAGGCCUACAGCUAAGGCUCCCAGAGCAUUUCUAUCCCUGGGUUGUCUCCUGCCUCUCCUGUGUUAUAGGAGAGGCAGGAUGAACAUCCUGAACACUGUAGCUUUUUAGAUGUAAAAAGAAGAAAGAUGGGGGGCUCUGCAGGAAAACACAAGCCAGAGCUGCUCAAUUCAUGGCAUCAGCGUUAGCUAGAAUAAUAGGGUGUAAAGUGGUUUUUAUUGUAAAUAUUUAAUCUCAUUCCUGCACUUCCCAUUAGAGCUGGCACAAAGAGGAUAUCUCUCAGUCACCCAGUAGUAGUAGCUGUGUAUGUUGUGUUGAGCACUGUGCUGCUGCUUGGGGUCUGCCAUGAAGCCCCACUCUGCUGUCCCCACAGGAUGUGCUCCCCAGCUACAAGUCCAAUCCUAACCGCAGGAUCGAACUGAAGCAUGGGAGGGGGCUUUGGGGAGCAAACAUUUAGAAAAUGGACAUUUCUGAGUAUGUCUGAUUUGUGGUAGAAAGUCCCUUGUUCCUGGUGAUGCUGUUCACAUUGCAGAGGGGACAUUUGCAAGGUGACACAGGCUCUGUGGUGGCUGGCCAGCCAGACUGACCUUACCAGCUCUGUCAGCCUAGCUCUGCCAGCAAAAG